CGCUGGCGGAGGCCAAGCCUGCUGGGUGCCGGAGUGUCCUGGUGAGAGCGCGGGGCUCCUGCCCAGGAGCUCAGAGCCAGCAAGGGGGAAAGACUGGAGAAGGCACGGCUUCUAUACUGUAGGACCCAGGCAUGCACUGUCCGUGUUUAUUGAGCGCCUGCUGUAUGCUGGGACCCACUGCGAUGAUGGCUGUGAUGGGGACCAGGACAGGCCUCUGCCGCAGACAUGGAGAAACUCAGGCUGCGCAGCCCCUGGGUGCCCUCGUGCCUCGGGCAGCCCCGAGUCCUGCAGGGCCGCCUGACCAGGUCCUCACCCUCGCUCUGGGACAGUGCGCUGCAGGAGCAGAAGGGUGAGUUGCGCAAGCGGCUGUCCUACACCACGCACAAGUUGGAGAAGCUGGAGACGGAGUUUGACUCCACGCGCCACUACCUGGAGAUCGAGCUGCGGCGCGCGCAGGAGGAGCUAGAGAAGGUCACCGAGAAGCUGCGCAGGAUUCAGAGCAACUACCUGGCACUGCAGAGAAUCAACCAGGAGCUGGAGGGCAAGCUGUACCGUAUGGGCCAGCACUAUGAGGAAGAGAAGCGUGCACUGAGCCAUGAGAUUGUCGCCCUCAACAGUCACCUCCUGGAGGCCAAGGUGACCAUCGACAAGCUGUCAGAGGACAACGAGCUCUAUAGGAAGGACUGCAAUCUAGCGGCCCAGCUGCUGCAGUGCAGCCAGACCUACGGCAGGGUCCAUAAGGUGUCCGAGCUGCCCUCGGACUUCCAGGAGCGCGUGAGCCUGCACGUGGAGAAGCUCGGCUGCAGCCUGCCCUCCGAGCUCCGCCACCCGGCCUACGCCGACAGCGUCCCCACCUGCGUCAUCGCCAAGGUGCUGGAGAAGCCUGACCCCGCCAGCCUGUCCUCCCACCUGUCAGAUGCCUCGGCCCGUGACCUGGCCUUCCGCGAUGGGGUGGAGAAGCAGGCCGCGCGGCCCCCAUACAAAGGAGACAUCUACUGCAGCGACACAGCCCUCUACUGCCCGGAAGAACGGCGGCGUGACCGGCGACCCAGCGUGGACGCACCCGUGACAGAUGUGGGCUUCCUGCGGGCCCAGAACUCCACGGACAGUGCUGCAGAGGAGGAGGAGGAGGCCGAGGCAGCGGCCUUCCCCGCUGGCUUCCGGCGCGAGGCCUUCCCGGGCUACGCGGGCUCGCUGCCCACGUCCAGCUCCUACUCCAGCUUCAGUGCCACGUCGGAGGAGAAGGAGCACGCGCAGGCCAGCACGCUCACCGCCUCGCAGCAGGCCAUCUACCUGAACAGCCGCGACGAGCUCUUCAACCGCAAGCCGCCGGCUGCCACCUACGAGGGCAGCCCUCGCUUUGCCAAGGCUGCGGCCGCGGUGGCAGCCCCACUCGAGGCUGAGGUGGCCCCAGGAUUCAGACGGACAGUGUCUCCUUACCCAGCCGAGUCCUUCCGCUUCCCAGCCACCCCGGGCCCCCAGCAGGCCCUGAUGCCCCCAAACCUAUGGAGCCUGCGGGCCAAGCCGGGGUCCGCCCGGCUCCCUGGAGAAGACAUUCGGGGUCAGUGGCGGCCCCUGAGCGUGGAGGACAUUGGUGCCUACUCCUAUCCAACCAGCACCGCGGGCCGGGCCUCGCCCUGCAGCUUCUCCGAACGCUACUACGGUGGCAGUGGGGGCAGCCCAGGCCAGAAGGCUGAGGGCCACGCCAGCCCUCUCUAUGCCACCUACAAGGCCGACAGCUUCUCGGAGGGCGACGACCUCUCCCAGGGUCACCUGGCAGAGCCCUGCUUCCUGCGGGCAGGUGGCGACCUGAGCCUCAGCCCCAGCCGAUCUGCCGACCCGCUCCCUGGCUAUGCGCCCAGCGAGGGAGACAGGGACAGGCUGGGGGUGCAGCUGUGUGGAGCUGGCAGCAGCCCUGAGCCUGAGCACGGCUCCAGGGACUCCUUGGAGCCCAGCUCCAUGGAGGCUUCGCCGGAAAUGCACCCUGCCGCCCGCCUCAGCCCCCAGCAGGCCUUCCCGAGGACUGGUGGCUCGGGGCUGAGCCGCAAGGACAGCCUCACGAAAGCCCAGCUCUACGGAACCUUGCUCAACUGACCGCUGCGUGCAGGCCGCGGCCGGGGCCUACGCCCCCUACUGCCCCACCCUUGUGGAAGCCGAGAGGCAGUCCCUCCCCAGACACCCACACUCCCCAGCCCCCACCAAGGAGGACUCUGUGCUCCCGACACCCCCUCUUCCACAACCCAGUAGAGUCUGAGAGGGGGACCCUCGCUCCCCAUCCUGUCCGUCCACCCCAGCCUCGUCACUAUGGAACUCCCACUUGGAAUUCCCACUUAGAACGUUGUCACGCACUGUCACCCCCACCCGAGGUGAGCAUUCCCCUUUUAUAAAGUGAAACUAUUUUUAUAGAGAAAAAGGGUCUUUCUAACGCGCUUGGCCCCAGCAGCCUGGCCGGCAGCCUUGGCGUUCUCCACACAAAGCUCUUACUUCUGGGGCGAGGGUGCGUGGGGCCUGCCCCUGAAAAGGGAAAGACCAAGCCCCACUCGUGGGGAGACACCCAGCAAGCCGAUGACAAGGGGACCCCACCGCUCUGUCCACGGGGAGGGGCAGUGAACCCGUUCGGGAUGUGAAAUGUUUUGACUCUUUCUCCCAGUGUGGCCAGCACAACACCCUGAGCUCUCCCGUGGCCCCUAGUCCCAAGUGGGGCCGGGACGACGUCCCAGUAUGGCCGGUGCUCCCUCCUCCCCACCCUGCUCCCAGCGCCACCUUACUCUACCUCAGAUGUAUGAGGCCCCCCCGACCCCUGCUCUCUGUGCCGUGAUGCAUGCCUGUCCGUCAGUGUUGUGUUUUGCAUUCAUCAAUAAAAGACACAAGUGGGAAGUA